AUCAUUUUAAGACAAUAAGACAUCUGAUGUAUAAAUAUUUGGAAAUUUUAGGUUAGGUGUUGUGUUCUGUUGUAUUUUAUUGUGUAGUUUGAUUGAAGAUCACUUAAUUUAGAAAUAGGAAAGCAUCUCAACAAUGAAACAGUGAUGCAUUUACUUUUAAGCUUUCAAAGUAUGUAUUAAUUCAUGAAUUGUUGACUUCGUUGUGUGAUAAUAAGUCGCUACAUUAAAUAAUUGAUUGUAUGUCUAUACUGUCCUAUUGGAACAUUCCUUUGAAAUAAUAUAAUGCCGGGUCCCGAAUUGCUUUCAAGUCAAGGACUAAGAUUAGAUGGACGUAGACCAAACGAACUUCGUCGAAUCCGGUGCAAACUCGGCGUCUUCACCCAACCAGACGGUAGCGCAUAUUUAGAACAAGGAAACACGAAAGUUUUGGCUGCUGUUUAUGGUCCACACCAGGCUGCCAAAUCCAAAAGUUCCAAUGAUGGUGUGGUUGUCAAUUGCCAGUACAGCAUGGCCACGUUUUCAACAGGUGAAAGAAAAAAUCGUCCCCGUGGUGAUCGCAAGUCCCAAGAAAUGUCGAUGCACCUACGGCAAGCUUUGACUGCAGCAAUAAAGACAGAAUUAUAUCCUCGCUCCCAGAUUGAUGUUUAUGUGGAGGUCUUGCAGGCAGACGGCGGCGCGUACUGCGCAUGCGUGAACGCGGCGACGCUAGCGCUAACGGACGCGGGGAUCCCCCUGCGAGCGUACGCGUGCGCUUGUUCGGCGUCCAUGGCGUGGCGCGGGGGAGCCCCCGAGCCCUUGGUGGACGUGGGCCACGUGGAGGAGGCCGCUGGGGGAGUCGUGCUGACAGUGGCCAGCCUUCCCAAUACUGGUAGUGUUGCAUUACUAGAGAUGUCUCAUAGACUGCACAUGGACUACUUCGACGUGGUGAUGAGCCGCGCCAUGCAGGGCUGUAGAGAUAUUGAGGUUAUACUGGACAGAGCUGUAAGAGAACAUUUAGCAGAAGGUUGGACGAAGCAGGAUAUUGUUACUAUAUGAAAUAAAUUCAUAUAUAAAACGUACGAGGUUUCAUUAAAGAAAAAACCGUUUUUAUGUAGACUUACAUAUUUAUUAGAGAUCUGAACAAAAUAAGAAAUUAAAUUAUAUGUACAGUCUAUGUUAAAACUAACUAAAUUAGAGGUAAGUUAAUAGGUACACACUCGUUUCUAUUACAUAGCUUAUUGUAUGGUAAAUGAUAACUUGAAUGUACGGAUCCAUACUAUGGCAAACUUGGCAAAGCGCGAGCUCAGAAACAGCCUAUAAACUUACAACGCAAAAAGAAAGAAAUAAAUAAGUAUUUAGAUAUCACGGAUGUUAAAAAAAUCAGUCCAUCCAUUCCAUGUGAUUGCACACAUUUGUAUAAAUAAAAAGGUAAAUAAAUAAACCAAUUGUACUUUUUAAACCUCAUUCAAGCCCCAUAUGUAACUAAAACAAUAAAUAUUGUAACUUUCUUUAAGCCGUAAACUGUGAUAUUAAAUAGUAAAAAAACUUUGUUCUCUCACAAAGUUCCUAACAUUACUGCAACAACAUAAUUGCAAAUUUAAAUCUUGUCCGUGUAAAAUCGGCCCAAUAAUACAUUAUUAUGUAUACGAUAUUGCAAUAACAACAAAAACGUUGUUCACUACGUAGACACAAAAAUAUUAUUAUGGAUAUACAAAAACGUUAUAUCUUAUUACACUGAGUUGCUAAGGCACUCACUACAUUAUCAA